CUCUCAACUUUGAACCAUCCUAUCUCUCAUGGCCCCGCGGUGUCUCGUACGGGGAUCUAUCAAUGUGGACGAGUUCUUCCAAGGCAAGGGGUUCGACGAUAUCGUCUCUCCAGGCCAAACGAUCUCGUCCACGAAACUCGUCAGGCGGCCAGGCGGCAAGGGCGCUAACCAAGCUGCCGCUAUCGCACGCGCCGGCGGGCUCGUGGACCUCGUGAGCGCGGUAGGGCAUGAUGGGACAUGGGUCAGGGACGAACUCACGGCAUCGGGCGUGAACACGGAGAGCGUAGCGGUCGUGCAGGUGCACCUGGUCUCAAUUUCCGCGGCCGCUCUAAUCUCAGUUCUGUUCAAAGGCGCAAACUGUUCGACCCUGCCAUCGCACACGAUCCACCCAGAUACCACACAUCUCGUUCUGCAGAACGAGAUCCCUCUCAAGGAUACCCUCGACUAUCUCUCCAUUACAUCAGCCAGGAAUAUCGCCUCUGUCUUCAACCCAUCGCCUAUGCCCUCAGCCGAAGAGCUCCUUCACUUCCCGUGGAACGACCUGACGUGGCUCGUAGUGAACAGCGGCGAGAUGCGAGAGAUCUGUGUCGCACUCGGCUUGGCCAUCCCACCCGCACUGCCGAGUGCCGCAGUGGAUUGCGCUCGAGUAUUGCUCCAUCUGCUGGCGAAGCACACACCGAAAACAAAGAUCGUCUGCACCCUCGGCGGUGAUGGGCUGCUCGCAAGACUGGGCGAGGAAGACCCGGUCUACGUGCCCGCCGCCAAGCUACUAGGAUCAAAUCGCGAUACGACGGGUGCCGGCGACUGCUUCACUGGCUAUCUUGUGGCUGGGUUGAUGGAUCUGUUGGUUGGACAAACGGAUGACUACGUCGCGGUCCUCCGGCGAGCGACACAGGCCGCGGGAAUGUGUGUGGAAAAGCCGGGUGCAAUGGCGAGCAUCCCUCUGGCCUCUGACGUUGAUGCUCGUAUGAAAUCGAGUGGAUAGAUUAGGCCGGGUCCCAUAGCAGAUCAUCCAACGCAACGUCGAGCUCUUUCGCCAGUAUC